AUGCACGACCAGUUCUUCUUCAGCGACUCGCCGCAGCACACACACGAACACUACAUGCAGGUGGUGACGACCACCAUCGAGCCGCGGCGCCACACGCGGGGCAGCAGCUUCGACGCUUACGAGUACACGGUGCACUCCCACACCUACGUGACCGACAAGACGCCGACGGCCAAGUUCACGUACGACCUGUCGCCGAUACAGGUGGUUGUCAAGGAGAAGCCGCGCCACUGGUACCACUUCCUCACCACCACCUGCGCCAUCAUCGGCGGCGUCUUCACGGUGGCCGGCAUCAUCGACUCCCUCCUCUACAAUACCUUCAAGUUCGCGCGCAAAGUGGAGAUUGGGAAGCAAGGGUGA